UAACAAGAAACACUGCUGUGAGCGAAGCUCUGCACCAGUCCUCGUGUCAAAAGUGCGCCACUUCUACGUGGUCGCUAACUUUGUUCUAAUCUUCUUCAGUACGGGAUGGCACACGACGGGAACCAAAUGUGCAAGAUGAUGAGCGAUUCGAACUGUCGAGCGUCUCGUGCAAGGGAAGUGGAGGGCGCAAACUUCGCCGUGUGAGAGAACAGCGCAAAAGCAUGUUUUGAGUUUGCUGCGGGGGAGAGUGUUUUUUUGAGUGAAGAAGAAGUCAUUUACGACAACACGGUUUGAAAAUAUAUCUGAUCGUCCUGCUUUGCAGGUUACGGCACUACAUAAUUGGGUUUCGUAAAUUUUGGCGCCAAGAAGGCAUCAGCAGGAAGCGCCGACGAGCCACCGGAGCACGGCAUCGGGUCAUCGUUGCUUGCCGGUGCGUGGCGAUUCUCUCCGUUCCGUGUGUCCUUCGCACGCCUCAUACCACACUGGACGCGUAGGGUCUGAUUGCGCAAGGGCUGUAUUUCGUGUUCGUAGUCGGUGACAACUUCACGGACAGAGCACCCUUCCAGAUAGUGAAGCAGCGGUCAGGUACAACUACAACUCCGUUCUGGAGUUGCAUUGAUCAUUUUGCAGCAUUAGUUGCAGCCAACACACCUAGGCGACGACGAUGUCGGAGGCUGAGGAGAACUCCGAGGAGAACCCGGAAGAAACCGACGAGGGUGGCGAGACGAGCCUAAAAAACUCCGUGGCGUUUCACGUGUUAGACGAACUUGCCCGGGAUGGUGAGAUUCCCAUGCAGCAGAUGGAGAUCCUCAAGGAUCGAUACGGCAGGCAGCACGAAUGCGUGCUGCAGAUCUACGAAAACGAGAAGAAGUUUCUGUCGACCGCGAAAGAACUCAACACGAAACUCAUGGGUAUAUAUUUUUGAGAAUUUACGUGCUCGCGCUGUGCGACAGAAGCACAAGGAGUAUUUGGAUACUUGGAAAUAACUUUUUUUGCAUGUUUCUGAUGGAGUGCAAGAUCGAUCUGCAUGACGGGUUCACACCCUUUAUGCCAUUGGUGGAAUAUGAAAAACAAAACAGCGGAGAAGAUAAAAAUGGAAAAAGCCUUGCUAGAAGCGGAAGACAACCAGAACCAGGUGAAUGCGCGACGGGUGAAAAUACGCGAGCUCGACAAACAGCUCGAAGCAGCACUUGAUGACGAAGCGACGUACGAUCUUAAGGCACAGGAACUGGAGGCACAGCACCGCGAGCUCGUCGAGCAAAUUGCCGCGAAAAAGGCGGCGGAACAAGCCGCGUUCCGACCACUCGUGGAAAACAUGGAAUCAACUCUCCACCUACAAAAAGAAGAAAUCGCCCAACUCAACAUAACCAAAAAGGAGAAAGAAGCACAGAAAGACGCGUACUUAUACUAGUUGUUGCUUGCAUAUAAUCAGUCCUUCUGGCGUUUUUGGUUGUGCGCUGACAAAACUUGAAGGGAAAAAGUUUAAAGUACAGUACGUUUCAUCUGUUGACAUUACAUUUUUUCCGAAAAAUAAACCACAGCGACCUCGAGCGUGUAGCGCAGCUUCGGGACGACCUGGAGACCACGCAUGUAAUAAACAUGGAGCAGCACGAGCGGGAGCUAAACAAGAUAAAAAACGAGCCAGGGCGAGUGAAGAAGCAAGUCGAAAAGUUCGAAACGGUCUUGAAGAGCAUGAAAGCCGCGGACGACAUUGUACUGGGAUAGAUUUUUGUAAAUCUAGCACGGAAAUCAAUGCCUAUGUGUAUGUUGUGCUAAUGCUAUUCUUUCAUCGAUCAAGAACGCUCACGCUGCGCUGGGGAGUCGCGAAGCAAUAUAAAUCUGGCGAAACAGCGAAAAUAACCGACUUAAUCAGGUGCAAGAAGAUUUGAAGAAGACCGACGCGCGCACGGAAGAGUUGAUCAAGAAGCGAAAAAAAGUAGAGGACCAGCGAAGCAAGGCCACGCUCCGCGUUCAGCUCAUGAAGGACUCCGUUGUGUCCGUUAAUGAUGAAUACAGCGAAAUUCAGCGAAAGCUCGAGCGUCUGAGGAACACCUCCGCCGAUCUGCUGGCCAAGAAAGUUGGCAUCGACAUGGAAACGCGGAUCGUUUCCGAGGAUAUCAGACACGGGUUGGAUGAAAAAACGAAGAAGGAGCAGCAGCUCGAAAGGCAAAAGCGCGACUACAGGAGGAAAGAAAUGGCGGUGAAAGAGCUGCGUCACCAAAUCCCGCCCUUGAUUGCGAGGAAAAAAGAAUUAGACGAAGAGAUACAGUUGAAAAGUACUUAUACGAUACUUAGUGUGUAUAGCAAAGAGUUGUACUUGUUUUCUCACUUGUAGGUUUGUGAUUUCCUUUCCACCCGAAAGUACUGAGCGAGUUUCUUUUCCAUUUCAUUCACUGCAACAACUUUUCUAGUCCAUCAUCUUUAGCAACGUUCGUAAAUAAAACACUGCAGCCGAGGACAACAAGAAGCAGAUUCUGCUUCUGGACGAUAUGACCCGCUCAAACGUUACAAUCUCAAACGUUACAAUAGAAUCUGGAUUUUGUAUUGCAUGAUGAGCAUGACAGACCCGCGCAGCGUUCCACUUUCUGCAAUACAAAUUUCGCCAGAUUCCAGUGCGGUUUGGGACUCCAGAACUUGUCAUGCGCAAUGCUGUGGGAGUAGGUUAGGUCAUGCACCAUCUUUUGCAUCACAGAUUUCCAUAUUUUAUUGUAACGUUUGAGAUUGUAACAGCUGAGCGGGUUAUAGACGAGAUUCAGAACGAGGUCGACGUUUUCAUCGGCGCGUUUCUGAAGCAGGAGAGCGUCGAAAAGGAGAAGAAGGAGGAGUUGAGCUCGCUGCACCAAGGCCUGCAGGAUCUCCGCCAGGACCUCGCCAACCUGAAGCGGCAAAACAGCGACUGGGGCAAGCACCUGCGGUUUGUGGAGCAGGCGCACGGGAAGCUGGUCCGCGAUCUGCAAAACGCGACGGUGCUGAGCAAGGAGGUGUGGGACAAUGUGCAGAUGAAGCAACUAGAGGAGUUCGACCUCCGAAAGAAGCUGGCCGAGGUGACGGAGCGGCAAAAGGAGUUCUGCGCCGCGUAUGAAGUGGUGAAAAACGAGCGCAACAAGUACGUCGCGCUGAUCCAGGCCGCGAGUCAAAAAUUGUCGGAGAUGCGCGAGCGCUUCAAGGUUCUGGGCAACGAGAUCGAGAUUUUAAGACUGGAAUCCGCGGGGAAAGACAAGACCAUCACGGAAACGCAGCAACAGACGAAGAAGCAGCGCGCGGUGCGCGACGCGUACCGGCUGGAGCUCACUCGGAUCCUGCACAAGAUAAACCAGGCGAACGAAAACGUGGAGCUCUACGUGCUGGAAAUCGACCAGCUGAACGCGUUGAUCAACACAUUGGAGCGGGAAAUUAUGGAAGUGUCAGAAUCAAAAUUGACAAAGUCGAAAAAUUUGCGAUGCACAAAAUCGAUGUCAGUUGGAGCCUCAGUUUCCAACUGGCGCAUGACAAAUUUCGGGAGCACCCAAAUCCAGUCUGUCAUGCUGUUUGGGCAAAGAAGGCUCCUCCUGUCAUGCUCCUCUGGCAGCACAUUGUAUACCCCGAAACAGGCUCCCAAUCGGUCUCACUUGCCUGCUACCCAAUACAGGCCUCCAGUGCCCUACAUUUUAUGCAUCAGAAAUUUUUCGAUUUUGUCAAUUUCGAUUCUGACACUUCCAUAGAAAUCACCGUGGCCAAACAGAAGUUCGAGGACGCCGUGUGCCAGCGGAACCAGACCGGGAUCCAGCUCAUCGACAGGAAUGACGAGCUGUGUAUUCUAUGGGAGAAGUCGAACGUGCAGGAGCUGCUUCUGAAGAAAGGCGAGAUGGCCAUUCAGCAAAAAAUGGAAAAUCUCCGGUCUUGCCGCAUCGACCUCGCGGCGCUUAACAGGAGGAUGGUAUAGAAGGGAGGUUCAGUUGUAGUUUUAUUCGGAGGGAAUGAUCAGAAGUAUUGCAAUUGUGGCCCGUUCAGAUUGUGGUUUGAAAUAUCAUAGCCGCGAGCGUGCACUAAGAAUGGACAUGAAAUAUGAUGAUGAUCUUAAUGUGGUAAAUCUAACGAGACUCAAUAUCACGACAGGUCUCCAUGAACCGAAGUAUACAAGACACCGCCCAGUAUACGGAGAAGGUUCUGAUAUUAAAGGACCAGCUGCGCGGCGUGAAGCGACAGUCCGACGCGCUGUCUGCGGAGUUGGAAAACCCGAGCAGCAAGGUGUGGUCUAGAGCUCCUUCUGUGAAAAAAUGCAAAUGGCCACAGAGCUUCUACUUACUUAUUUUGCCCAAGAGAUCUAAGUACUUACUUCACUGUCUGGGAAGGGGAACAAGACAACUACAAGACGACUCUGGAAUCUUCAGGUACGCAAGUGGAGGUUCCUUGGCGAGGGCCAGGUCACCGAUCCAGACAAAGACACACUCAUGGCAAAAAGACAGUGGCUGGAAGAGAGACUAAAUGCGAAGGAGGAACAGCUUCUUGAAAAGGAGCUCAUCGUGGAAGAGGUACUUGUUCGCUUCGUGCAUUCAUUUUUUUUCGGUAUCGAUUAGGGUUUCGGGUUUUAAAUCUGGAAUGCUUCCAUCAUGUGCGAAUUUGUUUUCGCAAAAAAUAACGUACAGGUGACCGCAUUGAGCGAGAAGCUUCGGGUGCAGGCCAUUGACGGGCGCCAGGCCACGCUGAAGAUGUCGCAACGGGUGAACGCUUUCCAGGCAAAGAUGAAGGAAGUUACGCGACAGAUGAUGGCUACGGUCUCCGAAUUGAGUAUGUACCAGGCCACGAGUAUGAAACUGUCCGAGGAAGCCAACCUACUCCGGGAUGCUGCUGCCGAAGCGCGCGCCCGUCUGCGGGAAAACCAACCACCAACUGCUACCGCAGAAGAGGAGCUGCAGAAGUUGGUGCAGCUCGAGGCGCAAAGGGCGGCCGAUCAGGAGCGGGCGAAGGUAUGUUGUGUGAUUUGAAUAUUUCGUGCCGCGUAAUUUGUUUGUUGGGCACCGGAAGCUGUGGUCGAAUAUGACUGACGAAGUGUUUUUGCUAAAGUGCGAAGUCCAUACUCUGCAAGUUCCGAUGCGUUUUCAAAUGACGCACCCUACAGGCCCGCAUGCAGGAGGAGGUGAUCUUGCAUUCGAAUGUUACUCGAACCACGGCAGAGCCCCGCGUCAAUGCGUACAUUCCCGAAGGCGCCUACGGUCUGCCCAAGGCAUAUGGUAAGCACACGCCGUUCAUGCCGCAGGCGGGCGGGGCGACGAUGCGGCAUAUUCGUAAUCCGAACCCCAAACCUGUAGAAAUCUGAACCCGCCUAUGAACGCUGCUACAAUGUACUCCUACACUUGUACACACGUCGCGCUCAUUUACUUUCUCGGUCAACGAAGCGUGCCUGUGAGACUUACUCCGGCACUGGCUUACCUACUUAUAAUUUUCACGGUUAACCACGAAGGAUAAGGAAAUAACGGUCAUUGUAAGGCACUGCGUCAGAUAAACAGAUCCGCUAUGCGGCGCCCUUGCGUGAUGAAUGGCAAAGAGUACCAGUUCGGAAACGGAUGUGUAUGGAAGUCGGAAACUUGAGAUGGG